CCAAUUCUAAUGCUUGAGCCCUUAAACCUACAUAACACGGUACUCUGUUGGACUAAGACUGAAAGCCUGGCCAAGUCAAAAACUGCAGCGUUGUCCUCUUGAUGCUGUGUCUUGGACAAAUUCCAGGAAAAACCUACAUCAGAGAAAUUUUAGUAUUUUUUUAAACUAGUGUAUAGAAGUCUUCCUUCCAUCUGUGAGAAACGUCAAUGGAGACCCAUCUUUUCUUCGCCAUCUUUUGUGCUUGGAUUUGUCUCUCAGUUCCCUUGGAGUUCUGUAUUGCAGCUGAUUCCAUAAGGAUGGACCAAUCCAUAAGCCAUGGUGAGACUUUAGUUUCCUCAGGCCAAAGUUUUGAACUAGGCUUCUUCUCUCCUGGAAGCUCCAAAAACAGGUACUUGGGAAUAUGGUACAAGAAUACACCCCAGACAGUUGUAUGGGUUGCAAACAGAAACAACCCAAUUGCAGAUUCUUACGGAGUUUUAACCAUCAUCAACAAUGGCGCACUUGUUCUUCUCAACCAGUCAAAGAGUGUAAUCUGGUCUCCCAAUUUGUCAAGGGUACCUGAAAAUCCAGUUGCACGGCUCCUAGAGACUGGAAAUCUUGUUCUCAGGGACAGUAGUAAUGAAAGUUCUGAAAGCUAUAUAUGGCAGAGCUUUGAUGAUCCAUCAGACACAAUGUUGCCACGCAUGAAGGUGGGAUGGAACUUAAAGACUGGUCUACAACAAAAAUUGACAUCAUGGAGAAGUGCUGAUGACCCAUCCCUUGGAGACUUCUCUUACAGAAUUGAUAUUAAUGUGCUGCCUUACGUGGUUCUUGGUGUGGGAUCAAGCAAAAAAGUCCGUUCCGGGCCGUGGAAUGGACUUGAAUUCAAUGGUGUUCUUGUGUUGGACUACUUGGUUUACAAAGCAGUUUUUGUUAACAACGACGAUGAGGUAUAUACCCUCUGUGAGUCUAACAACAAUAAGAUCAUUUCAAGACUAACAUUGAACCAUUCAGGUUUCCUCCAGAGUCUGGUAUCAAAAAAAGGAAGCUCUGACUGGGAUGAUUUGUACUCAAUUCCCAGUGAACUUUGUGUAAAUUAUGGCCAUUGUGGUGCUAAUGGUAUCUGCAGAAUUGGCAAGGCGCGGAUUUGUGAGUGUUUGCCAGGUUUCACACCAAAUUCACAAAAAGAAUGGGACAUGUUUAAUACAUCAAGUGGAUGCAUCGAAGAAGGCCUUUGGAUUGCCAAAGUGAAGAGGGAUUUGUAAAGGUUACAGGGGUGAAAUUGCCCGACUUGAUAGAUUCUCAUGUGAUUAAUAGUGUGAGCCUUAGGGAGUGUGAGGUGUCAUGCUUGAACGACUGUUCUUGUACAGCAUAUGCCUACUCAAAUGCAUAUGCUUACUCAAAUCCUAAUGGAAACGGUGGCUGUUUGAUGUGGUCUGGGGACCUGAUUGAUAUCAGAGAGUUAACUUCAGAAAAACAUGCGGAGGACAUCUAUAUCCGCAUGCACACUUCAGAGCUAGGGUUAAACACUUAUCAGAAGAAAAAACUAGUGAUCAUCCUUGUUAUAUCUACCUUUUCUGGAAUCCUCACCUUGGGCUUAGCAGUCUGGUUUCUAUUUCAGAAGAAGAGAACAAUGGGAGCAGACCAGGAAAGCAAGGAGAACUUAGAGUUACCUUUGUUUGACUUGCCUACCAUUGCAACUGCUACUAACAACUUCUCCAACACCAAUAUGAUUGGAGCAGGUGGCUUUGGGUAUGUGUACAAGGUAAUAUACGCCAUCUUAUGCAUCAGGAUAACCCAAAAAUGAUUUCAAAAGAAAGAAGUGUUAGCUUUUUUCCUAUAAUGUGUGGCCAUAUAUAAUUAUAUUUAU